AUGUCCUGCUUCAAGCCGCCCAACGAGGUUCCACGCGAUGGCUGGAAGCAAGACAGUCUCGGGACCUACGCCAGCCCAACUGCAGCACGAAUGCGACGAAUUCUUGCCGUCAGCGUUGGCGUUUUUCAUGCCCUCAUUUCCAUGGGCUACAGUGAUUCCAGUCUCAAUCUGAACUCGGAGCUGUUCAGCUGGAAUACAUACACACUGGCUUGUCUCUCGAUGAUCAUUCUUGUCGGUGGACCGCUUCGGCUCACGGCCUUUGCUCAUCUUGGAAAAAACUUUACCUUUCAACUUGGACCGCCUGAUACUUUGAUGACGGAUGGUAUUUAUCGGUAUAUUCAACAUCCUGGAUAUACGGGACAAAUUGUGGUCUUGGUCGUCAACCUCGCCCUGUUCUUGCGAUGGGACGGCGCAUUUGGUUGCUGGGUUCCUCGUGGCUUUCGAUCGACAAUCAGCGGCUGGGGCUUGGUCUUUUGCUUGGUUCUCGUGUUUGGAAUUCUGCGGAGACUUAUGAUGAGGGUGAAGGAUGAGGAGAAAAUGUUGAAAGAUACCUUUGGAGAAAAAUGGGUUGCUUGGAGUCGGGUCACCGCGCGCUUCAUCCCAGGCGUCUUCUAA